AUGGUUAGAGAGCAUUCUGAAAUUACAGAGCCGAGGAUUGUCAACGCGCAGGCGCAACCUCGACGCCCGUUUAUUGCGCACGCAGUUCCUUCGCCAUCAUGGAAAGGGAUUGUCGGCUUCAAGGGACGUUUUUUGGUGCUCCUGAAUGAGAUACAUCUUGUAGCAUGUAUAUGUAGGACUACUUGCCAUCUCUGCAGGACUCUAGAAUUGAAGCUACUGAGGCCCCUCUUGCUGAUUCUUCUUGUCUCUACCCACAACACAACCUGGAGAAAUUCAGGACUCAGCCUGAGAAUUCCUUCCCAAAAGGGGAGCGUUAAAGACGAAGUAAUGACCUCUGUAUUUCUGACAACUGAACCUAAGGAAUCAGUGACAUUCAAGGAUGUGGCUGUGGACUUCACCUGGGAGGAAUGGGAGCAACUAGAUAUUGGUCAAAGAGUCCUCUACAGGGAUGUGAUGUUGGAAAACUAUAGGAAUAUAAUCUCCUUAGGGACUCAGGUUUCCAAACCAGAACUGAUCUUCCUGUUGGAACAAGGAAAAGAGCCCUGGAUGGUGAAGAGAGAAAUCUCAAAAGACUCCUGCCCAGGAGAAAGACAUAAUAAAUGUGAUACAUGUGGGAAGAUUUUCAAAUAUGAUUCACGCCUAAUUAAACAUCAGAAAAUUUGUGCAGUGAAGAAAUACUCUGAAUUUAAUGACUAUAACAAAUCAUUUUUACAGCAAACCCAUCUUACUCAAAAUCAGAAAAUUUAUACUGGAGAGAAACCCCAUAAAUGUAAUGAAUGUGGGAAAGCCUUUAACAGAACUGCACACCUUAAGUUGCAUCAGAGAAUUCAUACUGGAGAGAAACCCUAUCAAUGUAAUGAAUGUGGGAAAACCUUCAACCAGAAUGCACACCUUACUCAGCAUCAGAAAGUGCAUAUUAGAGGUGAUCCUUAUACAUGUAGUGAAUGUAAGAAAACUUUCCGUCAUCCUUCAUCCCUUGUUCAACAUCAGAGAAUUCAUACUGGAGAGAGACCUUACACAUGUUAUGAAUGUGGACUAACUUUCAGAUUAUAUGUAUAUCUUACUCUACACCAGAGAAUCCAUACUGGAGAAAAACCCUAUAAAUGUAAUGAUUGUGGAAGAACAUUCAGAUUGCGUUCAAUACUCAAUCAACAUCAGAAAAUUCAUACUGGAGAAAAACCCCAUAAAUGUAAUGAAUGUGGAAAAGCCUUUAGUCGAAUUUCAUUCCUUACUGGACAUCAGAGAAUUCAUACUGGAGAGAAUCCCUAUGUCUGCAAAGACUGUGGAAAGGCCUUCAAACAGAGAUCAUCUCUUAACCAGCAUCGGAGAAUCCAUACUGGAGAGAGACCAUACAAAUGUAAUAUUUGUGGGAGAGCCUUUAUUGGCCGUACACAAUUUAAGCAGCAUUACAGAAGGCAUACUGGAGAACGACCCUAUAAAUGUAAUGAAUGUGGAAAAGCCUUUAGUGGGACUCCUUUUCUCAGAAGACAUGAGAAACUUCAUACUGGAGAGAGACCUUAUAAGUGUGAUAAAUGUGAAAAGACUUAUAGGCUGAGAGAAGAUCUUUUGCAACAUCAGAGAAUCCAUUCUAAAGUGAAACCCUAUAAAUGUAUUGAGUGUGGGAAAGCCUUUGCUUAUAGAACGUGCCUUACUCGGCAUGAAAAAAUACAUAAUAGAGAAAAACCCUUUGAAUCUGGGAAAACUUCAAAUCAGAUUACAUACCUUGCCCAACAUCAGAGAAGUACUAGAAAGAAAUCCUAUGAAUGUACUGAAUGUAGGAAAGCUUUCACUUAUAGUGCAGCCUACAUCAGACAUCAGAAACUUCACGGUGGAGAAUAGCCAAGUUAAAGGGGAAACUGCUUUUAAUUCCUACUUUUAUUUAGAUACCCAAGAGUCAAGAUGCCAUGAUUGUCUUUAACUGAGAUUUCAUCUGGAUUUGAAAGACAAAAGUCCUUUUUUUCCACUGUAUUUUUCUCUCCUUAGGCAUUUUAGCUGCUACACAGAAGCUGCCAUGUUGAGUACCUCUGAGUGGGAAAUGUGCUGUUCUACAGAGGGAAAUGGUAGACAUUUACCCUAGGCAUUACAAUGAAAAUUUUAUUAAAACAACUAAACCUCAUUCCUUAAAGGAAACAGUGUAACUUAACCUUUUAAAACAAUGGAAAUGAAAAAAUAUAAUUUUCAUGCUUAUGACAAGCCAUGUCAAUUGAAAAAAGCACAAAAACUAAACUAUAAGUCAAAAUAUUUUGUUCACAUUUACACAGCUAUAAUUGGAGGAUGCAUUCCUGACAGACUUAAUGCUAAACUUUUCAUGGAAAUGAAAGACUUUAUUAAUGAACUAUAUGUGAAAAAUCUUUACAAACCAAGCCAAACUAAAUCCCAAAAAAGCACUAACAAAUUGUAAAGAAAAUUGUGAAUUUGGAGAGAACUUGAAAAUUGGGUCAAAUUAUCCCUAAAAAGAGGGAAAGAAAAACUUGAAUUUUAUGUGAUAAUUUUUUAAUAAGCUCUUUUAUCUGAGGAAGGGACAGUAUUUUUUAAGCCAAAUUAUUACAUAAGAUUUGAGUAGAUCACUAAAGUCUGCUAGCAAUUAGGAGAUGUGCUUUGUUGACUGAGAAUGAACUGCAAAUUGUAAGCCAAUGAAUGAGCUUAAGCCACUCUGCUCAUGUUAGUAAUUUAACUGGUAGAUUUCUUGAAUGGUAGACUUCAUUCUUUUCUAUAAAAUAUGAAGGAAGUGUUUUGGUGUGAUUUCCAGGCCUACAGAGAAUCGUGGACUAGACUAGACACAGAAACUUUUAAACUUUAUAUACUAUCUAGUACUUAGCUAGUUUAGUGUGGGACUAAGUAGUUCUCUUUCAUACUUAUAAUAUUAUUGCAUUUUGUCUUUCUGAAUAUAUAUAUAUAUAUACCUGUUCUCAGUAAACAUGAAACACUUAUUGAAAAGAUGGUGGCAUGAAAGAGCUGAGAUAUAUGCUAUUUUUUCAAUUUCCUCAGGAAUUUAGUUUGCUUAAUUAGUUUUAGUAGUGGAAAUAGAUGUGACAAAUCAAAAUCAAUUCAUUCCCCUUGGAUGAUAUUAGUAGCAAAAAAAGUUUUUAAUGACAGGAUAAAUUGAAGUUGAGUUUUAACAGUAAGUAGUCAUAGUAAGAGAAUGCCUACUAAGGGCUACCCUAGCUAAACAUGUAAGUCAUCGUAGACUGACUACUUGGUGAUGAAUUUUCUGGCCAUGACAACUCAUGAAACAAAAAUGCAAAAUGACCCAAGUCUUAUCUGACAUUCUUCCAUUUCUGUAAUGAUAAUGGAAGAGUAUUUUAAAAGAAAUGAGGAUACUAAAUAUCACAAAUUUUAAACCAAUAAAACUUAACUUGGCCAUUGGCACUCUAAAUGUAAGGGCCCCUUCUAUAAGGAUAAUGAAUGGACAAGCUAUAGUAGGAACUGAAUUCUAUUGUUGACGUUCUCAAUAUAAACAAAUUUUCAGUGAAAUAAAAGAAUGACUUUCAAGUUUUAAUUGGAGAGGCAAUUAAAGAAAUUAAGGCAGAGUUAUUUUUACUUUGUUCCCAAAGGCAACUAGAUGUUUCCUGGGAUAUUUUGUCAUUUCACAACUUAAUGUUCAUUGCAAGUGCCAAAAGGCCACCAUGAAAAUAAUUGCAGUUUAUGCAUCAAUAUCUAUUACAGGGGAUAAAGAGGGAGAGAAGAUACAUGUUUAUAAAUAUAUAUUAAAUCCUCUAAAUCUAAAAUGUAAUGAUUGUUUUUUGUGCCAUGGAUCCUUUUGGCUAUCAGCCAAACCAUGUUUAUGCCUCAGAAUGAUUUUUAAUGUAUAAAUACAUGUGUACAUAUAUGUAUUUAACUUAAUGGACCCCAGGUAAGAAUUCCUGGCUCUAAAUUAAAUCAAAAUAUACAUCGACACAUUCAUUACAAUUGUGGUAAUAGCUUAGGGUGGCAAAAAAAAUGUUGGCACAUAAAGUCCAACAGUAAAGAAGGAAAAGUCAGAGGUGUUACACUAAAUGUUCUAAGAGAAAAAAAAAUCUGAAAGUAUCUGACAUAAUGAGCACCAAAUAACAUUUCAAAAAUAGAAUUGAAUAUAUUUUGCCAGGAAAUUAUUCAAUGUGAGUCAUUUAUAAAUUAUCUGUCUAUAUUCAAGAUUAUUGAAUUAGUAGAACAAAGACCAAAAUUAAUACAAAAUGAGAGGAAAGAAAAAUAGAAAAAAAUGUAAUACUAUAAAACCUGCUCAAUUUAUACAUGUGUCUAAAAAAUGGGGAGGAGGACAAGACAGGCACCAAUUAAUUUAGUGUAAAUAACUAAUGCAAAUCAUAUGUCAUCACAGAGGCCAUUUUUGUCAGAAACAACUGACUUGUCAAGCAGAGAGAUGGCAACAGAGUAACACUGACAUAAUAUCAACUCUCAAUUUUCUAGAAAAAUCUAGUGGUAAAUUGUGAGCAGCAUCAAUUCAAAAUAUGCCACAAAGGGAUAAAGUUUAAAGAAUGUGUGACAAAAGGCCUAACUAAACAAAGAAGUCCAAUAGGUAUUUGAGGAUACAACUGAAAGAGGACCACAAGCAGUCAUCUGGGACAGAUUGGCAUAGAUGUGAUUGCAGGGGGAACAAAAAUUGGAGGGACAGAUUAGGUAAUAUAAUUGUCUACCUAAAGAAUCCUAGUUAUUCAAUUAAAAUGAUUGAAACAACUUCAGCAAAGUAGUAAGCUGUAAAGCAAAGCCAUGACUCCAGGUAUUUUUGUAAAUUACCAUGGAACUAUAUCCAAGAAACAAGUCAAAAUAAAUACAGAUUGUGUAAGCUAUUUGAGAGUGUACCUAUUAAGAUAGGUACUAUAUGAAAGAACUUAAAAGCAUUACAGAAAUAAAAAAUAUUUGGAAGAUUAAUUGUUCAUGUUUGGACUGUCAAUUUUAAUUAUAACAUUACCUGUUAGAUAAUAUUUAAUGCAAAUAUUUGAUGUUAUAUCAAACCAAGGAUUAUGUUCUAGUCUUAGGGGGAAAUAAAGUAAUAUCUAGAGGAAUACAAGGUCAAGAAUUCCGAGGGAAAUAGGAAGGAAGAGAUCUUGUGGCACAAGAUCUGAAACUAUGCUACAAAUUUAUCAGAAUUAUGUAUUACUCUUUUCAAAGCAAAAGAGUUGAUCAGUGGAACAUAAUAGGUGCACAGUUAUACAGAUACAAGUGAUUAUAGUGUUGCAGUGUUCAGUAAAUCCAAAAACAACUAACGGAAUAAGGCAACACCCUUUGACAAAAAAUUGCUCAGAAAAUUCAGUCUAGUAGAAAUUAGUUUUAACCUAGUUUGCCAUAUACCAAGAGAAGUUCCAGAUGGACACAUGGCUUAGAUAUAAAAGUUUACAUCAUAAAUUUGAGGGAAAAAGAAAAUACCUUUAACUGUGGACAAGGAAAAAUAGAAUCAGAAAGUGGCAAGAUUAAUAAUUAAAUUCAGGAGCUUCUGCACAAAAUCUUGUAGUUAAAAAUAGAAGAGAAGGGAAGACAAAGAAAUAAUAGCAGGAUUUUUUUGAUAAAAGGUAGAAUAAGGGCCCAUUUUUUUAAAAUGAUCAAUGGAUAGGGUUGAUUUUCAAAGGAAGAAAUCUGUUAAUGUCCACAUGAAAAAGUGUUCCAAAACACUAAUAAAAAGUGAAAUGAAAAUUGAACCUUCUCUUAAGAUUUUAUAUCACAUUCAUCAGAUUAGCAAUCAUGACAAAAAAAGUUAAAAAGCAAGGGGGGAGUGGUAAGAAUGGAACCAGGAUGGUAAAGUGAGCUUUUUUUUCCCCACCCACCUCUCUAAAGAAUCACAAAAUCAUGUCAAAUUUAAUUCUGAGCAAAAUAACAAAAAGUCAUUGUGAGUUUGUUUUUUCAAGUCAGGACAAUUUAAGGUGACAGAAAGCCAGGUCUCCAGACAUUGAGGUUUGGCUUCUUUAAAACAUAACAGACUAGAAGUGGCACUGGCUAGGGUGAUAGUAGUGAUGGCAGUGGCAGCACCAAAAGCUCCUAAUGCCCAGGGAUGGUAAGGACACUGAACACUUGGUCAAAAAUAGAUUCCUGGGAAACCUGCUAGCACUGGGCACAGGAUUGGAUAUAUUUGGUAUUUUCAUUGUCUAGAACUCUGUCCCAGAUUAUAUUUCAAGGGUGGAGGGAAAGGAACAUUUGUAGUCGUAGGGAAGCAGGGACUCCUAAGAACCCGAGUGCAAGUCCGAAGAGCAGUGAUCAGACUAAAGCCUAAAUCUUGCCACUUUGGAAGCAUUGAAAACUUAAAGGCCCCCAAACUUAGCUGUGAAAACAAUGGGACAAUAGAACCAGAAGCUUUCUCCCAAAAGAAAGAGCCUACACUCGAACCUGAAGUCCAAAAUCAUGAAGUUGGCUGGAAAAUGAGCAAAAGUAAGAGAGGAACUUGACCACAGAAAGUACUGGUGACAGGAAAGCUCAAGAAAAACUCAGAAGAAAAUUUUCUCAGAUCAUCUACAAGUAAAGCCUCACAGAAAAUUGUAGAUUGGACACAAACAUCAACAGGAAUUCCUAGAUAAGCAAAAGUGACAUUUUUUAAAAAAGCAAAAACAUUUUAAAAAUCAAAGACUGACAGGAAAAAUAGGAAAAGAAAUGAAAGUAAUGCAAGAAAAUUACGAAAACAAUUAGCAGCAAAAGAGGUGCAAAAAAAAAUUGAAGAAAGUCCUUAAUCAUCAAAAUUGGCCAAAUAAUAGAAAGGGUGCAAAAAAAAAUACUGAAGAAAAGAAAGUAAAAGUCAAAUAAGAGAGGUUAAAAAACUUCAGUGAAGAAAAUAAUUUCUUAAAAAUUAGAAUUGAAUCAAGAAGAAGCUAAUGACUCCAUAAGACAGAAACAACCACAACAAGUCAGAAAAAUAAAAAAAAUAGGAAAUAUAGGGAAAAUACAAACCUAAAAAACAGAUUGAGAAAUAAGUUAAGAAUUAUUGCACUACAUGAAAGCCAAUUUUUUAAAAAGUCAAGACAUAUUUCAAAAAAAUUAUAAACUGCCCAGAUAUCCUAGAACCAGAAGGCAAAGAGAAAAUUGAAAGAAUCCAAAGAUCAUUUUCUGAAUGAGAUCAUAGAAUAAAACUCCCAGGAAUAUUAUAGCCAAAUUUGAGAGCUCCCAGGUUGAAAAGAAAAUAAUGAAAGCAGUCAGAAAGAAACAAUUUAAAUACAGUAGGGGCUCAAUGAUUACAUAAGAUUUAGCAGCAAUAAUGUCAAAGAGGGAGAAGGCUUAGAAAUAUACUCCAGAAGGCAGAGGAGCUAAGAUUAUAACCAAGACUAACCUACAUAAUAAAACUGUACAAUCCUACAAAGGAGGGAAAAUGAAUAUCUAGUGAAGUAGAGUACUUUCAAACAUAGAUUCUAGAGAAAAAGGGAAACUGAAAAAUCACAAGAUAUAAUAAAGUUAAACUGUUUAUUUACAUUCCUAUAUUGGAAGAUGAUACUCUAAGAACUUUUAACAUCAUUAGGGCAAUUAGGUGUGCUAGUAGAUAAGAUGGUGGAUUAAAGUAGUCUCCACUCUCCUAAUCCCUCUACACAUUCAAAAAUAAAUUGCCUCAAAACAAAGGAAAGCUAGAGAAACCUCACUGGGAUAAGAGGAAAAUGAAGCACAGCAUCUGAAAACUGACAGUUUGGAGAAGCCCAAUACACUACAUCAGAUGCAAUGAAACUGCAAAAUGAGCAGGAAACCUACAAACUCUCGUGACAACAGCCCUGAGGCCACAAAGGAGCAGAGAAGGGGAAGUGGAACUACAGUAACCCACUCACUUCCACUUGGCAGCAGAAACCAGGAGACCUACUCAGCCCAGGCCACUUGGCAGGCAAAUGGAAACAGGAGAGCAGGGACUAGACCAGACCACAAAAAUAAUAGUGGAACUGGUAGCACAAGAUGCUGCAUAUAGCUGCACAAAACAGCUGCAAACCUCUCCAGAGAAAGCCAUCAGGGCCACAUCCUCUACAAACACAUUGUGAGGAGCAAUGGCAGCCUGUCCUACUCGAAAUAUCAGAGAAGAAUACUCUGCAAGCUUAGAGCAAUAUGCCCUCUACCCCAUAAACAGAGCAGAACCUCAACAAAUAAAUAAGGUAAUGGGAAGAAGAAAAAAAAUACUAGAAAAAUAAGCAAAAGUCAGGAAAACCCUGAACUUAGAGAGUUACUUUACUGACAGGGAAGACCAAAAAAUGAAGAGGGCAAUAGUGCCUGAAAGGAAAUGUAAAGCCUCAAAAGAAAGUGUUAAAAAGAUGCUAGGUCUCAAAAGAAUCCCAGGAAUAACUUGAAAAGAAAACAAAAACCCAAAUAAGAGAACUACCAGAAAAACUCAACGGCUUGAGGUAGGGGGGAGGGAAUUCACUUAAGGAAUCAACUCCAUAAAAAACAAGAAUGGUUCUAAAGGAAAGUGAAGCAACAAACCACUGAAGAAAACAACUUCUUAAGGAAUACAGCAGACCAAAUGGAAAUGGAGGCCAAAAACAUUUUUUUUAAGAAAACAACAUAUUAAAGAGUAGGAUUGGCCAAAUGGAAAAGGAAACACAAAAACUCAAGGAAAAUAAUAAGUUCGUAAAAAUUAGAAUCAGAUAAAUAGAAGCUAAUGAUACCAUAAAACAUCAGAAAUUUUUUGUUAAAAAAAAAAGAUUAAAAAAAGAAUCUAAAAUACCUCACUCGAAAAAAACAACCAACCUGGAAAAUAGAUACAGGCCAGAUAAUCUAAGAAUCAUCAGAAUAUCUGAAAUCCACAAUCAAAAAAAAGAACCUGGAUACCGCUACCCUGAUAUCCUUGAACAAGAGGGAAAUUGGGGUAGUCCCAUCAGUCACCUCCUGAAAGAGACUCCAAAAUAAGAUACCCCAAGACUAUUGUAGCCAAAUUCCAGAACUCCAGGCCAAGUAAAAAGUACUAUAAGCUGCCAGAAGGAAAUGAUUCAAAUAUCAAGGAGUCACAGUCAGGAUUAGAGAGAACCUAGCAAUUUUUAUAUUAAAAAACAAAAAGGCAUGGAAUAUGAUCAUCCAAAAAUCAAAGGAUCUAGGACUACAACCUAGAAUUACAUGCCCAGUGAAACUGAGCAUAAUCCUCCAUGGGAAAACAUUGAUGUUUAGUGAAGUAGAGGAGUUUCAGACUUUCCUAACCAAAAAAAUAGAGAUGUGAAGAAAAUUUGAUAAGCAAGUUUGACGCUCAAGAGAAACAAAAAGAUAAAGUGAAAACUUAAGGGUUCUGAUAAGGUUGAAUUGAGUACAUUCAGACUUGGGAGGGUGAUAAUUGAAAUAAUUAAGAUAUCUGUGAUACUUGAAAAAGAUAAGGUACUUAAAGUAUGCAAGAUACCUAAGAUAAGAACUUUAUUAGUAUUCAAGCAAUGAAAAAGAGCAUACAUAGAAGGAAGAAAGCUAAAUAAAAUGAGCUUUUAUCCAAAAAAGGGGGUGAGGCUAGGAAAGAGGAACACAUUGGGAGAAGAGAAAAGGAGAGAUAGAAGGGAGUAAACUACCUCUUUAAGAGGAAUAUAAGUCGCAAAUACAGUGGAGAAGAUGCAAAGAAGGUCACUGACUGAGCUUUACUCUCACUAGAAUUAGCUCAUAGUAGGAAUAAUUCACAGUCAGCUAUAGAAACCCACCUUACCCCUAUAGGAAAAGAGGAGGGUAGGGUGAAUAUGGAGGUGGGGGCAGACAAAAAGUGAAUUGGGAGAGGCAGUCAUUGAAAAUGAAACAUCUGUGAACAGGGAAGGGCUAAAAGAAAAUAAUAAAUGGGGGAAAUAAAAUGAAGGAAAACACAAUUAGUAAUCAAAACUGUAAAUGUUUAAUGGGAUGAACUCACUCAUAAAACAGCAAGAAUGAGUCUACCCCAAGCCUCAAGGGUCCUUGCUUUUCUAAAUGAAAGAGAAAGCGCACCCGAGAAGAUCUAGUAAAAAACAUGAUUCCAAGAAGCCCAAUUUUAUGAUUUCUGAAGUUUGAGUCUUCUUUUGAGAACUCUGGCCUCUGAAUUCUGACAGUAGCAUAGAUGCAGUAUUCCUCAAACCCCCUGGGUUGGCCCAUAGGACUAAACAGGUCUGUUUCUCACGUCUGUGGAAGCUUAGUAGUGAUGCAAGCCUCCUAUUCACCAGUUGGAAGCCUCCCUCUAUCUCUUUCCCCCUCUGGACCACCCCACCUCUUUUCUCAAAAGCCUGUCUCCCCCACCAGCUUAGGCUCCAUAGCAACCACAAGAGACUAACUCUACUGUAGCUGCCCAAGGUGGUGCAGAGCUUGAACUGGCAGUGAGCAAGAGGCUGUUUGCUGAAUGCUGACCCAACUUAAUGCAGCUGCAUGACCAAGACCCAGUGUGCACCCUUGUCUGUGCCAGUAUCUGCAGCUGUGCAUGAAUGAAUGAAUGGUCACUCCAUUGUGUUUCCACCUUGGUGUUUGGGGGUCAGGAUAUUAAAAAUGUUUGUACUUCAAGGCUUUGAAGUUGGAAAUUGGGACUUGUUAUAAAACUAGGGCCAAUGAUGUGGUGAGUGGAACAGUGGGUUCAAAAGCCUAUUGGGGUUUGAAGUCCUGCCCUGACACAUUACCUCUCUGACCACCUUUUCCAGUCUCGUUUUUCUCUCCCAUAAAGUGAAGGAGUUGGACCCUCUAUCUUCCAUGUACUUUUGUGCAGGUGAGAACCCUGCAGAGAAAGAUGACCUAUAUUUAUUUUUCUUAGCUGGCAUUUACAUAGCAUUUUAAAUUUUGUGAAGCACUUCAAAAUAUUGACUAAUUUUAUUCUCACAACCCUAGAAAAGUAGAUGCUGUUAUUUAUAGAUAAAAAAGUAGAAACAUCGAGAAGUUAAGUGACUUGUGCAGGCUGGAUUUGAAUAAAGGUGCUAUACUCAUAUAUGGCCCAAAACUAACCUUGUGCCAGUUCCUCUAAUGAUAUUUUUGUUCAGUUGUGCAGGAUUCUUCAUGACCCCAUUUGGGGUUUUCUUGAGAAAGAUACUGGAGUGGUUUGCCAUUUUCUUCUCCAGCUCAUUUCACAGAUGAGAAAACUGAGGCAACCCGGGUUAAAGUAACUUAUCUAGAAUUACCUAGCUAAUGUCAGAGACUGGUUUUGAACUCUAGGGACUUUAUCCACUCAUGUCAUCCUGACCCCAAGCCUGGAGCUCUAUCCACAACCAUCUAGCUGCCUUUCUCUAGGGCUGUGAAUAUUUCCUGAUUGGUUUCUUGCUUUUGUCCCUGAUCUUUUCUUCAAGGCUUUGAGAUGAGGCUAUCAGGUUGAAUGAUUAAAGUUGUUGCCCUAACUAGCCCCACUUUCCACAACUACCUAGCUGACAGGCCUGUCUCUUGCCCACAGAUGGCAUAGGAAGAGUUUUCAGGGGAUUGGCAAGAGGGAAAAUGAGAUCUGAGCCUGAUAGAGACUAUCCCAACUGAAGAGACAUUAGCCUUUACACCAGUGAUAGCUUUAAAGCCAGAGCACUAUGUCCCACCCCCAGAGACCUCCUGAAGUGCCCUUUGCCCCCCCCAUCACAUGCUGAGUACCCUUACCCCACACAGGGGAAGGAGAAAACAUUCCCAGUGGAAUGCUGGGUGGAGAGGUGGGUAAAGUGGGGAAGAUCCUCACUGAGGGUAUAGAAAGAGGGAGAGAAAAGUGGCUGGAGCACUCUGUUCCCCUCCAUCUCUGCUGCCUGUGAACCUGGGAAUUUGCCCAUAUGCACUCCUAUUGGGCUGCUGGGCAGAGGGGCAAGGGAUAUGAAAAAAUAUCAGGUGUAUUGGAGACGGGGAAGGAAGCAGCUCCACCUGAGUCCCUAUGCCUUUCUAGUAAUGAACUCUGGGGGUGGGAUUUGGGGAGGGAGGGUGGCUAAAUGCCCUCAGAGAGCACUCUGUGUACCAUCUUUGGCACCUGUGCAAUAGGUUCGUCGUCACUGCCUUAGACCCUGUUCUUCAUACAUCAGGGAAAAGGGUCUAUUGUGGAAGUACUUGAGAUCAAAGAUGAGAAAUAUAUAAGUACUAGGGGAGCCAGAGUGUUAUUCAGGGUGAGAGAGAAAUAUUUCAGAAGAGAUCCUUAGCUAGAGAAUAGGAGGCAGCUGAAAAUUUUCUCUGUGGCCAACAGAAGACUUAGCAUGUUGACCAUUUGGAGAGUUCAGCUAAAGCUCCUGUUAGGUCACUUCAUCCAACUCAGAAUUCAAUGCCUUUUGAGUUCUACUCUGCACUAUGAUUCCAAAAAAGGUUGAGAAACUUCUGGUUUGAUUGAGCCUCUGAUGGAAAUAAAGAAUGACAUUUAUACCCAAGUAGUUAUCUCUUUUAAGAUUUUCCCUCCAAAGACUUUUGAUUACCUGCCAGGAAAUGUACUAGAAAUGGAGAGAUUAACACCUCUUAAAGCUAAUUUCAUAUCUUUGAUCCCUUCUUUUUUCUCACAAAAAUCUUGGAAGCAGGAAUAUAUAUUUUUCUUCUUUUAUAAAUAUUGUCUGUGAAGCCUAGAGAGCCUGGGGAACUUCUUUAAAUGUCCAAAAACUAGUUAGUAAAUGCACUUGGCCCAAAUUCUAGGUCCUUUACUUCUGAGGUCUAUUAGGACACAAUCAUUCUCUGAAAAUAAAGUUGGUAACUCAUUCUUUUCAAGUGAUUUAACCCAAAGAACUCAGCAAAUUGAUUCAUUUUUUAAAAAUAGAUUUUUAUUGAUAGUUUUUGUUUCUAUAUUGUCUAUAUUUUUUUCCUACAUCUUUCCCCUAUACCCCCUCCCAGAGAGUCAUUUCAUUCUUAUGGGUCAGGUCAGGAAAUGAAAAUAUUUUUCUUCAUUAAAUGAAAAAAUAGUUUAGGAACAGAGAUGUUGACUUACCCAAUAGCAUACAAAAUAUGGGAGACAAAGCCACAUUCACUUUUCUAAACUUGUUUCCUCAUACUGUAUAUAUAAGGGCAAUAAUAUCACUUAUCUCCCGAAGUUGUUAAAUUUGUGUGUUCUUAUUUCUAGACCAUAGCAGUGAUGAAGUCACUUUUCAGGAAGCAGUAACCAAGACCUUUAAUUCUGAUCCUCAAAAAGCAGAAGAUUCUAUAUAAUUCUUUACUGCCCUUGAUAUUUUAUAAUAGUGAGAAAAUACAAAGGUCACACUUAACUUUCUAGCUUUUAUUUCUCAUAUGUCUACCUUUCCCUAAGAGAGGAACACAGAAGAGGAAGCCAUACAAAAUAGACACUAUUGUGAAUUUUAAAACUACUCCACCCUACUCAGACCGUACUUUAGAAGAUUUGAUUUAUCUAUCUCCUAAUUGUAACUAUGAAGACACUCUCUUUAAUGGAAUCGGGAAUGUCUUGUAGUACUUUACCCUACUUAGACAUACUUUAGGGGAAGAUAAAGUUGUAAUCUCCUAAUUGAACAAUGAAGGUACUUAGUUCUCACCUUAUAGUGAAGCUAGAACUUUAAGCUAAGUCUAUUUUUAGACCUUAAUAGAAAAAGGUGUUAAGUAACUAUAAAGGUUAAAUUAAUCACAAAAAGGUCAAGUAACUAACAAAAGAUGAACUUGAAGUGUGAAAUAGCUCAAAAGAUAUAAACUAAUCAAAGAAGGUGAGAACUAAAAGUAUGGGCAGUUCUGGAGAAAGUCUUUGAUGUGAGUGGUAGAUGUGAAAAUUUAGAGGUGGAGACACAAGGGUGAAAGGUCUAUAUAUUUGGGAUUUUUUCGUCUCUCAAAAAUUCUUUCCCCGGAAAGUUGGAUCUGGCUGAUCACUUCCUGUGAGCAGCCUGAGAGCUAGUUCGAUCCUGGAACUCAGCCUGGAGGAGCUCACUCAGCUUCCUUGAGAUGGUCUCGUGGUGAAUGAUGAAGAUUGACUUCCUUUUCCCUUGGUCUCAGGGAGGCCACUUUGGCCAAGGCCUUUAACUCCUGCCUGGCUCAACCUGAGCCAGAGCAGUUUAAAUUAAGUCUUUUUCCUCUCCCUCUUCUCCUUAAAUUCCUUUCCUCUAUAUUAAUUAAAUUUCCAUAAAUUUCCAGACUGACUUGGGAAUUUUAUUUGGUGACCAUUUAAAUCUAGACUUAAAGUACCAACUAUAAAUUCAUCUUUACACUAUACUUAUAACAACUAAGUUUCUGGUGAACUGGAAUUUAUUCUGUCCAGAAAUGCUAUUCCUGUUCUUAGCACAUAAACAUGAUCUUUUCCCCCCAUCCUUAAAUUCUCUCCCGGUUAAAGUUAAAUUGGAAACACAAACAUGCUUUCUCUAGUAUGGGAAACUGAGAUCAUACAGAUAUAUACUGGACUCUAUAGGAAAUUAUCCUUUCCUCAUAGUCUCUUUCCUUCCAGCAUUCAUUCAUUGAACUUCAUAGCUACUACAUGCCUCAGCACUCUGCUAGGCUCUAUGAACAAAAGAAAUUUAAUAUCCCAAUGUUCAAUUUCAAGUUAAGACUGACUAAAGACAGGUAUAUAGGUAUAUGAAACAAUAAGUCAAUGAUUGAUUAAAAGCCACACUGUGUGUUAAGUGUUAAAGAUAUUAAGCCUAGGGAAGCUCCAAAACCAAUAUGAACUACUUCUACUCUUGAAGGAAGUGGUAUGAAUAUUAGCUAAGAUUUUGGUAAUUGGAAAAGAUUGAUGAGACUAUCAUGGGCAGGGAGAAAAACAUGAGCAAGCAGAAUGAGGUAUACUAUAUUGUACCAGGACCAGUGAGGAAAUAUCUGGGUUGAGUAGGAUUUGCAUGUCUGAUUGGAGUAGAUGGUAAUUGUGAGAAGGGAAUUUGUAUUUUGAUUUAAUCUAUCAGAUUUCCAUCUGUUUUGAAUUUGGGUCAAUCAGCAACCAGGGAAUUGAUCUCACAGGCACUGCCCCCCUGGGUGGUGCCAGGCUAAUUGAGGAAUUGUGAUAUGUUCCUGGGGAGUGAUUCAGGAGAGUUAGUGGGUGAAGGGAACAGCAUAUAAGGUGAGACCUGGCAGGAAGCAGAGGGAGAUUGUUUCUGAGACUGAGAUUCACAAACAGACUCUAGGUUGUUAGGAUAGGUAAUUCUUUACCUCCUUUCCAUAUUUCCUUCUCUUAUUAUCUUUAUCUUACUAUAAUAAAGCUAUUAGAACUAUUAACAGUC